AAUGUUGUGGGAGAAGCCUGUCUCUUGUGCCAUCGGUGUUAGAAUACAGUAUGGGGUGGCUGCUUUGAAAAAUGAAGAACUGGGUGGUGGGAGUAGUGUGCUUUCCCACACACGCCACAGCGCCGGAACCUUCCGCCUUGCGCAUCUCCGUUUCCGUGGGGCUGGUGUCUCGGCUGCACCAGUCCCUGCCAUGGCAGCGGCGGAGGGGAAGGACCCGCUGGGGUUUUUCGCUGCAUACGGCGGCAGCGACGACAGCUCGAGUGGAGGUUCGGAUUCCGAAGGCGAAGAAACGCCUGGCUCAGGGCGGGAGGCCAAACUAUCGUCGCAACAUCCGCAGCGGGAGACCCCUGAGGAGAGGCCGCGCUUGCCCGGGCCCGACGAGCUUUUCCGCAGUGUUAACCGGCCGGCCUUUCUCUAUAACCCUCUGCACAAGGAGAUCGAUUGGGAAAGUCGGGUCGUGCGAGCUCCUGAGGAGCCUCCAAAGGAGUUCAAGGCAUGGACUACACAUGCUGUGCCACCCCCUGAGACUUACAGUGUCAAAGAAACAAAGCCACCGCCGCCUCCUGAGCUUGAUAUGGCAAUCAAAUGGUCUAAUAUGUAUGAAGAUAAUGGUGAUGAUGCUCCAAGGCACACAAACAAAGUUAACUUCUUACCAGCAGCAGAAGAGGAGCAAGAGCAAGUAGAAUCAGAUGAUGAAAAAGAUGAACCAGUUUCAUUUAAGAAACGCAAGCUAGACCCUGAGGAGCAGAUGAAGAAGAAGCAACAGCAAUGAAUUGGACAAAAGUUUCACUGCUAAAAGGGUUGUCACUGAACAUGUAGGACAGCUGCUGAACCUUGAUUUCACUGCUGGAGCAGGGGGGAAAGGUAUUGCCAACAAUAUAGCAUAGCUAAGUCUGUAAUGUGUGUGACAUAUUUAUCAUAGAGGAAAUUCUGGAAUGUAUUGAUUGGUAUUGUUUUAGAUGUCAUAUCCAUAAACCCACAAUGUUUUAAUUAGAACUAUUUUAACUCAUACCCAACUUUUUAGAAUAUUGUGGUAAAUAUUUGUGGUAAUGCAGACUAUGGAACUUCACAGUGUUCUGUACAUCCAUGAAACUGAAAAAUGUGAGAAUUGUUUACUGAACUACCAUUACGGUAGAAGAUUUUUGUUUUUUUCAAAUCAAGAAAUGACAUUUUUAGGGGGGGAGUUUUAAGCAGUGUACUGUGGUUAUAGUGAUACUAUUUUGAAAUGUAUGUAAAGUAUGUAAAUAGGUCACUAAAAUAAAACUAUAUGUUUGGAAGCA